UUUCUUCUGGGUUUUUUGCAGAGAUUCUUUCAUGGAUCCUGUUGUUGUAAGGAUCAAUAUAAACACAGCUAAAAUACUGAUGCAAAUGAAAGAAAGCUCUCGGAUGCUCCACUGGUUUCUUUCAUUUCCUACUGGCUCCUAAAUUUGUAUGUGGUGGAUCCAAAGCUAGGGAAUGCACAAGAGCUAACAGAUGCACAGUGCCAGUGGGCUGUGCUGUGGCACAAGGACAGUGUCAACUGUGAUAAAAAGUAACAGCAGCAUCAAACUGACCAAAAUAUUUUUAGCAUGUCUGGUGUAGAAAUUUUUACUAAGAUGCAAUACAUAAUAGGUGGAGAUGUUAUAGUUUUUCCUCAUAAGAAACAAUAAGAUGACAAUUCAUAAAUUAAAGGCAAGUCAAGAAGUUUGUCUACUCUAGAAUAAUACUGGACAACUGCUGCAGUUCUUACCUUCAUUAUUCUAUUAGCCAGUGCCAUUAUCCUUAGUCUGUGAGCUGAAAAAUGAUUAAUGCUCAUGGUUAUUUCCACACAUAAUUGCUGGGAGAACGGGAAUUUACUUACACUAAUGGCAGCAAAAUGGAAAUCAUGCACCCAUGACUAAACAACGAGAUAAUUAUCAGAGGGUGCAAUGAAUGUUUAAAUAAAAAAUCAGAGACUGGAAAGUGAGGUCUAAGAAAAGGAGAGGAAGGAGGGGAAGAAAAUAAAAAAAAAAAAAAAAAAGGAGAGAAAGCAAAAGCAAAAAGUGGAAAAAAACUCAUCAUCAUAUAAACUAAAGCAAGAGGUUAGGACAUGACCUUUGCAUCAGCAACAAUCAUGUGCUCCAAUUUCCACAAUAUCUUGGUAAGAUCAUGUUCUUUCAGUAAUGAUGCUUCACCAUGUUCUGCGUCUUGUACCUUUGAAAAUGCACCUGACAACAUCUGACAUCUCAAGAUAAAUGGUACACAGAAGUGAGAGCAAUGAAAUGCUCCCCUGCUACAGCUACAAAGGCAAUCCUUUGAGAUGAGAAAAUGGAAAAUGAUCCCUUUAAAAGCAAGGAACUUGAACAAUACUUGCUUCUUUUUUUUAUGGUGUCAGCAACUUCUGAGUCUUAAUCUACCCUGGAUAGACCACCCAUGAUGAGAGAAGCUGAAACACGAACAAAAUCAAUGUAGAGUAUCUGAAAGAAAGAGAGUUAGAAGACAAAAGAAAUGGGAGAGCACACACAGUGGGUCUGAACUGAGCAAUGAUGAAGCAACUGGUAUUGGUGCUGGCCAUUUGGCCUUUGUUUUCCUCACUGCAGCUGCUGAAGCAAGUGGGUUCAAAUCGGUGUAGCAACAACAGUUAUGCGAUAAAUGUGAUGCUCAUGAACUACUCAGAUUUCCCAUCAAGUACUAAUAGUUUGAAGUCAGCUGUGAAGCAAGCCUUGGAAAGGGUACGAAAGGAAUUCCAGAUGACAGGAGAAAAUGUUACAGUGGAUGCCACCUUCCACCCCUUUAAUUCAUCACUCUAUGUCUCACAAGGCUGCCGUACUAGCACCUGUGAAGGUGUGGAGCUCAUCAAAACCAUUUAUGAUUCUGGCACACUUGGCUGUGCCGUCAUAGGACCCGCUUGCACUUAUGCCACCUACCAAAUGGUCUCACUUGAAACAAUACUGAGCCUGCCUCUGAUCUCUGUAGGGAGCUUUGGACUGUCCUGUGACUACAAAGUAAACCUAACGCGCCUUCUGACCCCAGCCAGGAAACUGAACCAAUUCUUCUAUUAUUUUUGGAGACAUUCUGGUCUGCCAUUCAAAACCACGACCUGGGAAUCUGUCUACAUUUACAAGAGAAUUGAUACCUCAGAGCCAUGCCUCUGGUACAUGAAUGCGUUAGAUGCUGGAAUCACAGAGUUCUCUGAAAAACUCAAGUUCAAGGACAUUUUAAGAACUCCGGAACUGCUUAGAAAAACUGUGCAAAGUCCAAACCGGAAAAGCAAUGUGAUCAUCAUGUGUGGCUCUCCAGAGGAUGUCAGAACAGACCUAGGGAUGGAGAAGGUGGAUAAUGACAUCGUUAUCAUCCUGAUAGAUCUCUUCAAUAACACGUACUUCAAGAAGAACAUCUCAGCUGAUUACAUGCACCACGUACUUGUCCUGACUCUGCCACCAACUAAUUACAGCUACAAUACUGUAAUUAGAGACUACAUAGAGAUGGAGGACAACAGCCUGAUGGAAGAUGACUUUCUUGCUGGCUAUUUUAAUGCAGUGUUGCUGUUUGGACAUGGUCUCAAGAAAUUUGUUGUCUCCCAGAGCCCAGUGUCACCUUUCAGUUUAAUCACUGAAUUCCGAAAUACCACUUUUGAAGGUGUAAUGGGUCCUGUGACUCUAGAUGAAUUUGGAGACAUUGAUACCAAUCUGACCGUGCUGUACACGUCACAGACUGCAAAUUAUUUCAAACCUCUUCUGUAUUUCAACACUCAAAGCAAUGAGACAUACGAGGCGACUAACAGUCCUGAUUUUAUCUGGAAGAACCACAGGCUGCCCAGUGAUACUCCAGGCACUGGCCCACAUGUCUUGACUAUUGCUGUCUUUACACUCACAGGAAUUGUGAUUCUGGUUCUGAUCAUCUCUUUGCUGAUUCUAAGGAAGUACAGGAGAGAUAAUGAGCGCCGGUGGAAGAAAUGGUCCCAUAUACCACCUGAGGAAAUCUUGCCUCUGGAGACCAGUGAGACGAGUCAUGUUAGUUUGAAGAUUGAUGAAGAUAAGAGACGUGACACCACCCAGAGACUGCGCCAGGGCAAAUAUGACAAGAAGGUGGUGAUCCUAAAGGAUCUCAAAAACAGUGAUGGUAAUUUCUCAGAGAAGCAAAAAAUGGAACUGAACAAGCUCCUACAGAUUGAUUAUUACAACCUGACCAAGUUCUAUGGCACUGUGAAGAUAGACACCAUGAUCUUUGGGGUGAUUGAAUACUGCGAAAGAGGUUCUUUGCGGGAUGUUUUAAAUGAUAAAAUAUCCUACCCUGAUGGCACGUUCAUGGACUGGGAAUUUAAAAUCUCAGUCAUGUAUGAUAUUGCCAAGGGGAUGUCUUACCUGCACUCAAGCAAAACUGAAGUCCAUGGUCGACUCAAAUCCACAAACUGUGUAGUAGACAAUCGCAUGGUAGUAAAGAUCACUGAUUUUGGCUGUAAUUCAAUUCUGCCUCCAAGGAAAGACCUGUGGACAGCUCCUGAGCAUCUGCGGCAUGCUGAUGUAUCUCAGAAGGGUGAUGUAUACAGCUAUGGCAUCAUUGCCCAAGAAAUCAUCCUACGCAGAGAGACGUUCUACACUGGACACUGCCGGGACUACAGAGAGAAACUUUACAGAGUGGAGAGCGGCAAAGGAGUAAAGCCAUUCCGACCAGACCUGACCUUGGAUACAGUGGGAGAAAGACAGAUAGAAGUAUAUACACUAGUGAAGAGCUGCUGGGAGGAAGAUCCAGAGAAAAGACCUGACUUUAAGAAAAUUGAAAGUACUCUGGCUAAAAUAUUCAGUAAUUUCCAUGGCCAGACCAAUGAAAGCUACAUGGAUACCCUGAUCCGGCGUCUACAGCUGUAUUCCCGGAACCUGGAACACCUGGUGGAGGAAAGGACAGAGCUGUACAAAGCAGAGAGAGACAGAGCAGACAGGCUUAAUUUCAUGUUACUUCCAAGGCCAGUAGUAAAGUCCUUGAAGGAGACUGGCCUGGUUGAGCCAGAGCUGUUUGAAGAAGUCACUAUCUACUUCAGUGACAUUGUUGGCUUCACCACGCUCUGCAAAUACAGCACCCCUAUGGAGGUGGUAGAUAUGCUCAACGAUAUCUACAAGAACUUUGACCACAUUCUUGACCAUCAUGAUGUUUACAAGGUGGAGACCAUUGGUGAUGCUUACAUGGUGGUGAGUGGUUUACCAAAGAGGAAUGGCAACCGGCACGCAGUGGACAUCUCCAUGAUGGCUCUGGACAUCCUCAGCUUCAUGGGAACUUUUGAACUGAGACAUCUGCCAGGGCUGCCUGUUUGGAUUCGCAUUGGAAUUCACUCUGGUCCAUGUGCGGCUGGUGUGGUUGGAAUAAAAAUGCCUCGUUACUGUUUGUUUGGAGAUACAGUAAACACAGCUUCGAGGAUGGAAUCCACAGGCUUGCCAUUAAGGAUUCAUGUAAACGGUUCCACAAUUAACAUCCUGAAAAGAACAGACUGCCAAUUCCAGUAUGAAGAGAGAGGAGAAACGUACUUAAAGGGCAGAGGAACAGAAAUUACCUACUGGUUGACGGGUACUGAGGACAAGAAAUACAAUCUCCCAACACCUCCUUCUGUGGAGAAUCAGCAACGGUUACAAGAUGACUUAGCAGAGAUGAUAACCAAUAGUCUUCAGAAAAGGGAAAAUGAAGGAUCCAAGGCACAGGAGCUUUCACGGUGUGACUCAAAAAGCUGCAGCAACUCUCUGGACAACUUCAUGUGGAGACUGGAGGCUUAUAGACUUAGAGGAAAAAGAAAACAUCUUUUCAAGCAUCCUUUUUACUGUCUGACCUGCUAUCAGCAAAUCAAACCUCUCUUCACUGUAACAUUGAAAUUGUUGGAUGACUCUAUUAGGACACAUGCAGCAUGAUCUGAAGUAAAUGAAAAUGUUUGCACUUGAGUCUGGAAAAUAGUGGGGGUUUUUGUUUUAGUUAGGUUUUUUUUAAACUGUGAUAGCCUGUUCAAUAAUCCACUCUGAAAAUAUUCACAGCAAAAUCUUAAUUUGUCAUGAUCUUUAGAUGUUGUAUUUUUAUUUGAAGAAAGAUUUGGUGUAAUAUAUUUCAAAAUAUAAUUAAAUAUAUGUGUAAAACCUGGAUAUAUUGCUAUUUUGUUUCUUCUGCUGUUUUCCUCUGUGUUUCACAUGUUUUCUUUAAUCAAGCUGACUUUGUUCAAGAGACAACACUUGUGUUAUUUACAUUAGGAACUUAUUCCAGAAGUAUGGUUUCUAAAGUUUAUCUGAAUCUCCUGGGCCUGAAAAAUGAAAUUGUCAUUCUUGCAAAACAAGACACUUUCAUAUCUUUUCACCACUUCUGCUUCUGCCCACAAACCAGAAGUGAAACAGAAAUUAAGGAAAUAAAAUCAUCUGGACUUCUUAACCUCAGACCUUUUCAAUUCAACUUUUGGAUGCAGUUUUACAGUCAAGCAGGUUUUACUCAGAUGACUCGUUCUUCAACUGACACCAUGGCACUGAUAUUAAUACACAGCUUUAAAAAGCAACAAAAGCACAGGGGCCACAUGUUUAAGGAAAUCAGCAUUCACAUGAAGAAAUAACAUCUAGUGAGUGAAUAACAUCUGCUUUUGCAAGGGCCUUUUGUGCACUGUUAGCUUUCAAUGCAGAAGUACUUCCACCGUUGUCAAAUAUUGGUCAGUAUCCAAACAAUAAAAUUGGUGCAAAAUUA